GUGGUUGCGUAUCACUACUGCCAGGCUGACAACACCUACACCUGCCUGGUCCCAGAGUUUGUUCACAGUAUCGCUGCCCUGCUAUGCAGAGCGCACCAGCUCACCGCCUAUAGAGAGCUGCUGCUGAAGGAGCCCCAUCUACAGAGCAUGCUCAGUCUGCGCUCCUGCGUCCAGGACCCCAUGGCAGCCUUCCGCAGGGGCGUGUUGGAGCCGCUGGCCAACCUCCGCAAGGGUACGAUGCUAAGCUAGUUACACCUAGGUUAAUUCAUAUCUGACUGUCUCGUUGUCACUGGUGUUCAUGGUCCAAAAUGAAGUCUUGAAAGCACACAUUGAAUACAUAUUAUAUAAUCUAGGCCUUCAGUGGCUCAAGGUUUCUAGCAAGUGUAUUAUAACUGUAAUUUAACCACAGGUUUGCUUAGAUGUCUGUGUAGAGACAGAUGCGGACCGUUCCAAGGUGCCCUUCGGUGUCAUAAAUUGCAGACGGCUACCUAAGGUCACUCCAGAGACCAUUUACUGUUCUUUUUUUUUACUUCUUCCAGCCGGUUGAUAUACAUUUGUUCCAUUCCUUACACAAAGGACCUGAAAUACCUGAGUUAAAUGGGUUAAGUGCGGGCCGUACUAAGGGAGCAUAGUCUGCGCGGACAUUGUUAAUUGCUUAGCGUAGGCGCUCCGUGUUUGCUCUGACACAACAUUGAUUUGAAUUGGCGUUAUACUAAAUAAUUAGCAUUACUUUCUUAUUGUUGGAAGAAUAGUGCCUCUCCAAGGAAGCGUGACCCUCGUGACAACUGCAUCUCUCUGAGACAGACAGACAGACAGACAGACAGACAGACAGACAGACAGACAGACAGACAGACAGACAGAAACACGACUAUCUCAAGGUCAAGUCCAUUGUGCAAAGACAACACGACCCACCAUUUUCCCUGCUCUACACUGAAUUGAUAUGUUACUGCAGCAGCCUAAACACCCGAUGUAGAUAAACAAACAGGAGAUGGAAAAGAUGAGAACCAAUGUGCAGCCAGGGCAUACAGCAGCUCUCCUGUGACGGAACCGCUAUGGUGGACUGAUGGUCCCCCUCACAUGUCUCCUUUCCCUUGCCUCCCCUCACGACUGCCCCCUGUUCCUUAUUGAAAUUAAUAGCCUGUUUGAUUGGGCUUGAUACAGGGUGAAAAGUGUUGAUUGGUCCACUCCAUCACAACGAGAGGGUGGGGUUGUACAAAUCUGAUUUGACAUCCCAGCUGGGAGAGGAGUUGAGAUUUGCACAUUUUCCUGUAAUUAAUAUUUUAGCGUGUUUCUGAUCACUGUGCAGUGUGAGAAGCUGGAUGUGAGGAGGAACACUAGGUUGCAUCCCAUAUGGCACCCAAUCUGUAUGGAGCGCACUACAUUUGACAAGUAGCCUAUGGUCAAAAGUAGUGCACUAUAUAGGAAAUAGAGUGUCAUUUGGGAUGCACACAAGGGCCCUGUCGUUCUACUGCUGUGAAAACAUGGCUUAGAUACUGCAGUGAAGAAGAGCAGAUCCUCGCUGCGGUCUCACCACAGAGCAGUUGAGUGUACUGCACUAUACAGUGAGGGAAAAAAGUAUUUGAAUACUGCAGCGCCCGCAAGGUCCCCCUGCUCAAGAAAGCACAUAUACAGGCCCGUCAGAAGUUUGCCAAUGAACAUCUGAAUGAUUCAGAGGAGAACUGGGUGAAAGUGUUGUGGUCAGAUGAGACCAAAAUGGAGCUCUCAUCAACUCAACUCGCCGUGUUUGGAGGAGGAGGAAUGCUGCCUAUGACCCCAAGAACACCAUCCCCACUGUCAAACAUGGAGGUGGAAACAUUAUGCUUUGGGGGUGUUUUUCUGCUAAGGGUACAGGACAACUUCACCGCAUCAAAGAGACGAUGGACGGGGCCACGUACCGUCAAAUCUUGGGUGAGAACCUCCUUCCCUCUGCCAGGGCAUUGAAAAUGGGUCGUGGAUGGGUAUUCCAGCAUGACAAUGACCCAAAACACACGGCCAAGGCAACAAAGGAGUGGCUCAAGAAGAAGCACAUUAAGGUCCUGGAGUGGCCUAGCCAGUCUCCAGACCUUAAUCCCAUAGAAAAUCUGUGGAGGGAGCUGAAGGUUCGAGUUGCCAAACGUCAGCCUCGAAACCUUAAUGACUUGGAGAAGAUCUGCAACGAGGAGUGGGACAGAAUCCCUCCUGAGAUGUGUGCAAACCUGGUGGCCAACUACAAGAAACGUCUGACCUCUGUGAUUGCCAACAAGGGCUUUGCCACCAAGUACUAAGUCAUGUUUUGCAGAGGGGUCAAAUACUUAUUUCCCUCAUUAAAAUGCAAAUCAAUUUAUAACAUUUUUGACAUGCGUUUUUCUGGAUUUUGUUGUUGUUAUUCUGUCUCUGACUGUUCAAAUAAACCUACCAUUAAAAUUAUAGACGGAUCAUGUCUUUGUCAGUGGGCAAACAUACAAAAUCAGCAGGGGAUCAAAUACUUUUUUCCCUCACUGUAGAUAUGGCUGCCGACUAAAACACACUCAUGUUCAUUCAACACUGUGCUAGCUGUAGAGAUGUGGGAGAAUACCAGAGUAAACCAUUUAAAGAUGUGUUAAUGCACCAGGCACUGCAGUGCAGAGAGAUCUACCCAUGUCAUCUAAGUACAAAGUUGUUUAUAGGUCUUUAAAGUGUGGUGUCCAACUAUAUUACUCUCUUUCUCUACUGUGUGUUCAGUUCUUAUUUUUACUGACAACAAACUCAAAAUAAAAUAUUCUACUCCUUGGCAAAAUGCCAUGUUUGCAGUCGACUUGGCCUGAAAGGUUUGUGAAUUGUCGAUUUGUUUCUUUCCACCAUGUCUUCUCCACUCAUCCGUGUGUGUGUGUGUGUUUAGAGAGGAAGAUUCGCGAAGAAGACCAUAUCAUACUGAUAGAUGGGCUAAACGAGGCAGAGUUCCACAAGCCCGACUACGGAGACACCAUCGCCUCCUUCAUCACCAAGAUAAUCUCCAAGUUCCCCUCCUGGCUCAAACUGGUUGUCACUGUCCGAGUCAACCUACUGGUGAGUCUCCAUGUACACUCCUACUGUACGGUGUAGGAUUACAGAAUUCUGGUAACUUUCCAAAAAUGUCCAGGUUUUCCAGAAAUCCUGGUUGGAGGAUUUCGGAUUUCCAACCGUGAUUUCUGGAAAACCAGGGAAUUUUGGAGAAGUUACCAAAAUGUUGCAACCUAAGAUGGUGUGAUACUGCAGCAGGUAGCUUAGCGGUUAAGAGCAUUGGGCCAGUAACCGAAAGUUCACCGGUUCGAAUCCCCGAGCUGACUUGGUGAAAAAUGUGUCGACGUGACCUUGAGCAAUGCACUUAACCCUAAUUGCGCAUGUAAGUCACUCUGGAUAAGAGCGUCUACUAAAAUGGUAAUAUGUCACCAUACAGGUAUUCAUGUUGAUAUCCUAUAAUUCACUAAUUAAUUGAAUUGACACCCUGUAUUUUUCCCAGUAAGGGUGCUGAUGAGUUUAGCUGUAUUCAAGGGCCAUCUCAGCACAGCUAACUUGCCAAUUUCAUGUGAAUAAGAUACUUUUACAACCUCCAUGGGUAAGUCUGGGUAUCAAUAUUUGAUAUGUCUCUCACUGAAUGACACAAGCACCGGCAGAUCCUGACAAGUGUAAAAGAUAAACUGCUUUACGAAGCGUUUCUUGUUGUCAUACACUAUCCUCUACAAAGUGUAAUUUCUGUUGAGUGCUUCGAGAAUGGUAGUGGAGAGAGUGAGAGAAAUAACAGUUACCUGUUAAACAAGACAGCAUGACAACAGAACAUGCAGACAGAGCCACUGAGUCUACCAAUGGAGGAGAUGAGCUGAGCUGGGUUGUGUCCCAAAUUCCCUAUUCCCUAUGUAGUGCGCUACUUCUUACCAGAGCUCUGACUACAUAGGGACUAGGGUGCCAUUUGAGACGCAGAUCCUGGUGUCACUUCUUUGCAUUCUUUGCAGAGGUUUUGACAGGUCUGAUGGACAGAGAUGGACAGGGCUGGGCUGAUUGCCUUGGCUGGCAAUGUAGACUGUGGGAGAAUCUCAAUGUCAUACUCCUCGCGUCCUCUCUCCUCGCCUCCUUCUCAAAACCCAUUGGAGGAGAAGGUCAGAUGGGAGGGACCUCUGGCUUUCUCCUCCAAUAGGUUUGCAGAAGGAGGAGAGGAGAGAGGAUGCAAGGAGUGCAAUUGAGAUUUUUCCUGGGCCUUGGGAUAAUUUGGCAGCUGACUGACAGCCAUAUCUGUACCAGCUCUAGUCAUUAUUGCUCUCUCAGCCACCCUGGCCACGGGCACAACCAUCCAUCACUGUGCAUAGGCAGGAGUUAGUUACACUGCACUGCAGACAGGGAGCAUAGGAGGCAGCACACAUUUGUUAGAUCUAUGCUGUUCAGUUUUCUUUUUUUACGACUGGAGAAUUGAAGGGGUAUGGGUAAGGGAUUAUCCUGAUCUCGUAUUCAAUAAUUUUUUUAUUUCCUGCUCCGUUUUGGUUAUUCCUUGCAUGGUGUGGGUGAUUCUGUGAUGUGUAGGGUUCUAUACUGCGAUCAAAACAGUCACAUUUGCAACCGUUUGACUUGGCAGUGCGACAUUUUUUAUUGGUCUCAAGGUUGCCCGUGAAAAAAGUGUACCUGGUCACGUUCGUUUUUGGUUCACAAUUAUUAUUAUUUUUAUCUUCAUGAUUUAUUCAAACAGUAAUGUGCAGUUGACCAAAAAUAUAAAAACUUUCGGAAGAGGCAACAAUGGCACGGGAAUAUUGUAAUAAUGCUAUUUUUUAUCUAGGCUAUAUAAUUGAUUUAAAAAACUGAUUCCCAAAGCUGUUUGUUCGUUAUGUCGAUUAUUUAUCACAUGCGCACUGCACACAUACACUACCAGUCAAAAGUUUUAGAACACCUACUCAUUCAAGGGUUUUUCUUUAUUUUUACUAUUUUCUACAUUGUAGAAUAAUAGUGAAGACAUCAAAACUAUGAAAUAACACAAAUGGAAUCAUGUAGUAACCAAAAAAGUGUUAAAGAAAUCCAAAUAUAUUUGAGAUUUGAGAUUCUUCAAAUAGCCACCCUUUGCCUUGAUGACAGCUUUGCACACUCUUGGCAUUCUCUCAACCAGCUUCACCUGGAAUGCUUUUCCAACAGUCUUGAAGGAGUUUCCACAUAUGCUGAGCACUUUUGGCUGCUUUUCCUUCACUCUGCCGUCUGACUCAUCCCAAUCAUCUCAAUUGGGUUGAGGUCGGGGGAUUGUGGAGGCCAGGUCAUCUGAUGCAACACUCCAUCACUCUCCUUCCUGGUAAAAUAGCCCUACACAGCCUGGAGGUGUGUUGGGUCAUUGGCCUGUUGAAAAACAAAUGAUAGUCCCACUAUUCCAAACCAGAUGGGAUGGCGUAUCGCUGCAGAAUGCUGUGGUAGCCAUGCUGGUUAAGUGUGCCUUGAAUUCUAAAUAAAUCACAGACAGUGUCACCAGCAAAGCACCAUCACACCUCCAGAGAAUUUAUCCAAGGGCCUCCCUAGGGUUGCAAAAUGUCCGUAACUUCCCAGGUUUUCAAGAAAAUGUACAGGUUUCUUUUUUAGAAUGAUGGAUCAAUAUAUUUUGACAUGACAUGUAGCCUAAUUUCUUUGUGUGUAGAUACCCUUUAAUUCAGGUGCACACCAGCCAGACAGUUGUGCUUGGCUAUACAGGGUUCAUAUAGACAUUGGUAAGUCAAAUUCAAGGACAGCCAGUUUCAUCAUAGCGCUUGAUGGUUUUUGCGACUGCACUUGAAGAAACAUUCAAUGUUCUUGAAAUGUUCUGUAUUGACUGACCUUCAUGUCCUAAAGUAAUGAUGGACUGUCAUUUCUCUUUGCUUAUUUGAGCUGUUCUUGCCAUAAUAUGGACUUGGUGUUUUACCAAAUCUUCUGUAUACCCUCCCCCUACCUUGUCACAAGACAAUCGAUUGGCUCAAAUGCAUUAAGAAGGAAAUAAAUUCCACAAAUUAACUUUUAAGAAGGCACACCUGUUAAUUGAAAUGCAUUCCAGGUGACUACCUCAUGAAGCUGGUUGAGAGAAUGCCAAGAGUGUGCAAAGCUGUCAUCAAGGCAAAGGGUGGCUAUUUGAAGAAUCUCAAAUAUAGAAUAUAUUUUGAUUUGUUUAACACUUUUUUGGUUACUACAUGAUUCCAUAUGUGUUAUUUCAUAGUUUUGAUGUCUUCACUAUUAUUCUACAAUGAAGAAAAUAGUAAAAAUAAAGAAAAACCCUUGAAUUAAUAGGUGUUCUAAAGCUUUGGACCGGUAGUCGGGCAGAGAGAGCGCGCAGCUCUCAAACAGCUGGUUGUUGCAUGGAGCAACUCACCUAAGACCGACAUCGGUAGUAGGGGUAGGAAAGCUGUAUGAAAGUUGUUCAAAGUUAUGAUAUCUACCAGUAAAUGCUAAGGCAAGGAUGGGUAUGCAAACCAGUUAUUUAAAAAGUUAAACGUUUUGGUUGAAUAUUUGUGAUGCGCAAUUCAGUUAUCAUGGAAUAGCCUACCUUAAAAAUCAGACAUUUCCUCUAGGGUUUGGUCCUUGAAAAGUCCUUGAAGUUAUGGUAGCCGAUUUAGACGUUCUACUGCUCCAAUAUAAUUAUUCUAUGAUUUCAUUUCUGAUCAGUUUUUAUGAGAGAUGUAGCUGCUUUCGUUUGUUUCCCGUCCUUUCAAUUGAUGGGUGUUGCACUAGUCUGUUGCGCUUGUUGCGGUAAAACCAUGUGUGGUUAUUAUGAGCAAGACAACAUCGAAUGUUGGCUUCAACUUGGUUUUCCAUACAAAGUGUUCCAUUACAAAGGGAACCUGGUUUUAGGUCGCUUUCUCGUAAAAAAAAAUAUAAUAACCCUUCAAUAACUCUUCAACAUCUCAAAUGGCGAGACUGACUAGCUACUACAUGGACAGACUUCAUUAGUGUGUUUGUGUCGGGAGCCUGCUGUCUAUUUAUUUAGCCAGGCAAUGCCCACAUUAUUCUGACAUAUUUUAGAAUGUAAUUUUUUUAAAAAUGCAAAUGCCAUUGGGUAGGCCUAAAAUGCAUUCUUAAAGUGGUAAUGCAUACUUUUUAGCAUACCGGUACAUUUUUGGGGGAGUUUUUUUUUCUAUAGGGUAAUUACAACAAUUGUGGAAAAAAUGUAGGUCCUUGAAAAUUACAAUUAAGUGCUUGAAAAAGUCCUUGAAUUUGACUUACCAAUGUCUAUAUGAACCCUGUAUAGCCAAGUACAACUGUCUGGCUGGUGUGCACCUGAAUUAAAGGGUAUCUACACACAAACAAAUUAGGCUACAUGUCAUGUCAAAAUAUAUUGAUCCAUCAUUCUAAAAAAAGAAACCUGUACAUUUUCUUGAAAACCUGGGAAGUUACUGAAAUGUUGCAACCCUAGGGAGGCCCUUGGAUAAAUUCUCUCAUUAAGUAGGUAGGAUAAGUGGAGACUAGAGCCAGGUGACGGUGUAAGUGUUACCUCAUGCUCACACAUCCAAAGUGUAAACAAGAUCUGAAAGCAAGGUCGCUCACAAUGGCUAACACCACGGACUAAUAACUGUGAGGUGUUCUUAGGGGAGGUGUUGCUCACAGGAAACUUGGCCAGCCUGUGUAUUAUUCAGUAUUUUCUCCUUUAUCUCUCGCUCACUUUCACUGUGUCUGACUCUCCCUCUAUCUCUCUCUCUAUCUCUUCUCUCGCUCUCUCUCUCUCUCUGAGAAGAAGGCGUUAUCUCUGGGCUGCAUUACUUCUCUAUCCUCUCCAGAAAGGCAGGGGGAUUGCAGCAGUAUUAAGGCGGAUUGAUUUUUCCCACCCUGAGGAGUGAGAUUGAAGUGUGGGUUGUGUCCACAGCGUGCCCGCUAAAAGUCUCCCCAAUGGACCCAUCUCCUGCUCUCUCCAGAUCUCACAGUCUCCCAGCUCCCAAAGCCUUUGUUUGCAAACACAGCGGCGAGUGACUGCGGCAGGCCGAUAGCUUAGUGCUCAGUGUCAGUUCCAGCUAGCCCCCUGUGCUUACUGACCUUGGGCUGAUAAGAAAAGCUGGAGGAUCCACACAUGAUAUAGCUUUCAUGGAGAGUGGAAGAUUUUCCAUUAAGCUCUUCAUUUUGCGGUGGUUUCUGUUGUGUGGAGAGAAACCGUUUUGGAAUACGAAUUUAGAAUUCUGGGCAUACACUUAAGUGUACAUUAUAUGGUUGAUUUAUUGUUUUACCCACUUUCUCAUUUACAUAGACAUCAUUUUCUGUAUGGGUGAUGAUACUGGAGAACAAAUAUUUCUAAUUUAAAAACGAUAUAAUGUAACAAUAUAAUAUUAAAGUGCAGUAGCAAAUCUAAUGACAAUAUCCUUGUGCCUUCCAUAGGAAAUCACAAGCCUCCUCCCCUUCUCCAAGAUCUCCCUGGACGACUUCCCAGAGAACAAGGAAAUCAACACGGACCUCAACGCCUACAUCCAGUACCGCAUCAACGGCAGCAAAGACAUCAUGAACAACAUCUCCCUCAACGGCAAGGCCGACCCCAUCAUUGUGGGCAAGGUGAGCAGCCACCUGAUUGCCCGUAGCCAGGGCUCCUACCUGUACCUCAAACUGACCCUGGACCUGUUCGAGAGGGGCCACCUGGUGAUCAAGAGCGCUAGUUACAAGGUGGUGCCCGUGUCGCUGGCAGAGCUCUACCUGCUGCAGUGCAACAUGAAGUUCAUGACUCAGUCGGCGUUCGAGCGCUCGCUGCCCAUCCUGAAUGUAGCGCUGGCGUCUCUUCACCCGAUGACGGACGAGCAUCUGUUCCAGGCCAUCAACGCGGGUGCCGUACGUGGCGAGCUGCCCUGGGACGACUUCCAGCAGCGCAUGGAGACGUUGUCCUGUUUCCUCAUCAAGCGGCGGGACAAGACUCGCAUGUUCUGCCACCCGUCCUUCAGAGAGUGGUUGGUAUGGAGGGCCGAAGGAGAGAGCACCGACUUCCUCUGUGACCCC